AUGAGGAAACUCAGUAUAGCGUGCAUUAAUGCCAAUGGUAAACUCCGCGAGGAAGCCAUUGAUUCAGUCCUUUAUUAUUGUAAACACAUCGAUCUUUUAUUUAUCACAGAGACCUGGCUCCCUCCAGGAAAAACUAUACCCACAACAUGGCAUCAAUACCAUUUAUACGGCAAAGCAGUUUCUAACUCUUACCGUCAACAAAUGGGUAUAUCCUUGUUUAUCAACCCUACUUCCAAGUUUAACAAAAUUUAUGUGGAUUUACUACAAUCCGAAUACUAUAUGCUCUGUCACAUUGACAACCUGAAAAUAUACUGUUUCUACUUACCACCUUUCCCUUCUUUAGAUAACAAUACAACUAUGCAAAUAAUCAAUUCCAUUCCUUUAAGCAACAAUACAAUUCUAUGCGGCGACUUCAAUGCUAGAAUGGGUAAGUACACUGGUGACCUUCGUUGGAAUCCACGUGGAUCAAAAUUAUCCAAGCACAUACAAGAUAACCACUGGUACAACUGGAAUGUUAAAUGCCAAUAUGGUAUUCCAACCCGUAUCAACUAUCGCCAACAAAGCAAUACUACUGACAACAGUAUUGUUGAUUAUUUUAUAUCCACAUCAGACUUUCAACAAGCUGAUUUACAAAUUAAAACCGACCUUGCGAUCCUAGGAUCUGAUCACAAAAUGCUGGUCUUUUCAUUCUUAUGGGAUGACCUUUCAUUUGCUGACGAUCAACAGCCACAACAACGCAAAAAGUGGAAAGUGGUGCGCCUACAAGAACUCGAUGUUCUUCAAGCGUAUCGCCGUACACUCAAACAACAAUUGCACCAAACACAACUGGAAUCCAAGUUAUCUGAUUUCAUCAACUAUCUAAUAGCUUCUUCAACAGAACUAUUACAAGACCAAUGUACAGAUAACAGAUCCACUCUUGAAUAUCUCACACAGCAAUUUUAUAAUUGUCUGUAUUAUACCCUUGACAACAUCUUGACCGAAUCCGACUAUCGUCCGAAAACUUGGCGAUGGUUCUGGAACAAGUCUCUACAGACUGCAUCAAACUAUAGACAAGCCUGUUACUUUCGUUGGUGUCGUGCCUAUGGCAUCCAAAAAGGUCUCUGGUGG